GUUGCUGAAACUGAUCGUCAUCUCCUGUCAUGUUAUUUUCAUCAUAUCUGCUGAUUCAAACUACAAUUCUGUUCAAGCAUCACCAAUAUCUCCGAGUGCCACCGUGAGCACUCCUGCUAUUCCUGAUCUUUCCCCUCCAAAGAAGUUACCACACGGACAAUGGCGGAGACAUAUCUCUCCUCAGGCUGCACCUGCACUUGUUUUGUCGCCAGAUCAUUCACCUCAUUAUGACCCCUUGAUAACUUCUGGUCACCCCCCAACAAGUUCACGCUUGUCCAAGCCAUCAAUGAAGAGGAGCAGCUUGGUGCCUCCAAGUGCCAGCCUGGCUGAUAUUGCCCCAACUCAAUCCAGUCCUGCUACAGUUCCAGCCACAUUGGCUGAGCCACCGCUGUCACGUAAUGUCUCAAAUUGUUGCCAACCCAACAUGGUGCUAAAACGGGGCAGCGAAGGUCGCCAUUGUGUUUAUCCCAUAAAGCUUGACCUUCUGCUGCUAAAUGUAUCUCAAAAUCGUGAUGGGAAUGUUUUUCUCCAAGAAUUUGCUUCUCAGCUGGGCUUGCAAGUUUCUCAAAUACAGUUGAUAAAUUUUUAUAUGCUCAGCUUUACAAGAUUAAAUAUAUCAGUGGAUAUUACUCCGCAAACGGGAUUGAGUUUCUCAGCUAGUGAUGUAUAUGCAACCAACUCUUCCCUCUCUUUACAUCGGGUUCGUCUAAGCCCUGCGCUGGUGGUUGAUUAUGAACUUUUGAACAUCACUUGGUUCAAGGCACCUCCAUCUUCUGAAGGCUUACAACAGUGA